AAACCCGAUUAAAUUUUAAAUACAUAUGUGUUUAUUCUAAUGCUAUGAUAAAAUAAAAUUGCCUAUAUUACACGGUUUUAUUUAACAUUGUUAAUAUGCAUUUGUAUUGGGACCAGACCUGUUUGCCCACAAUAAGCGGAUACCCAUAUUAACCGGUGCCCACAUUAAGCGGAAUCCACUGUAUACAAUUUCUCGUCUACCCAAACAUCUCAUCUACGACAGUGGCCCACCCAUCAUGUGAAGUAUGUAUCUUUUUUAUUUAAUUUUUGUCUAAAAUUUAGUACAUUUUAUACUAAGUCUUUAAGUUUAAUAAAUUAUUAAUUGGUCUUCAAUAGUACUAGUUAAACAUAUUUUAAAAAUGACUAAAAAGUUAAGUAACAAUUAUUAAUGGUCCAGUAAAAUUUGUAUAAAAGGUUUACAUUCAAUUAUUACAUGCCAAGUAUAAAAAUAAAUGUUUAGAUUUAAUAUCAUGAGCUAAAAAUAGUUUUGCCAAAAAAUUAUAAUUGUUUUGUUACCUAUAAUGCUUUUUAGUUUAUCAAAAACAUUUAUAUUUCACAAAUAACAGUAUUUUUAUUUGUAUAAUGUUUAAUCUCUUAGUCUAACUUUUAAUUAAUAUUACACAUUUUCAGGGAUAUAAAUCAUUAUUUAUGUAGAAUAAAAUGUGUCAAAAGUCGUUUGGCAAGAGUUUUUAGUGUAAAAAUAUUUAGUGUUUAAAAUUAAGGAGGUUCUAUUUGGUAAAAAAAAAAAAAAUAUUUUGGAUACAGGUAUGGGUUGGAUGUACUACCUGCAGUAGUCCAAACCAAAACAAAUUUUAGUUACACCAUUUACUUUAUAAUUUUAUAAGGUAAUUUUAAAAACCCAAUCCCAUAUUUAAAUGUAUUCUUGAGUACUAAAGUUAAGCCAAUUUAGUUGAUUAAUUGAUUUGGUCAAUUUACUCAAUGUUAUUUAAUUUAAUAAUAUUAAUAUACAUUAAUGACAAAAUGAAAAUGAAAAAAAAUAUUUUAUUAUAGAUUAUAACACUAUUUGAGCAAAAAUAUACACAAACAAAAAUACUUUUGACAAUAAUUUAUCUAUUAUUUUUAAAUAUUUUAUGGGACAAAAAUCAAUAUUGUACAAUCAGUCAGUUUAAAUGUGUAUUUGUGAACAUGACCCAUAUUUACUUUUUUGUAUUUAGUUUAUUCUUUUAGUUAUAUUUGUUUAUUUUAUUACAUAACUGUCUUAAUUUUAAUCAUAAUUUGAAAAUAAUAACCAUGAGUUUUCCCAUGUCGAAAAAAUUAAUAUUGGGAAAUUAAAAAUAUAACUUUUAAAUUAAAUAGCAUUCAUAUUUUUAUUGUCACAAUAAUUAGAAAAAAUAGUUUUAUACCUUAAACAUUUUGAUAAUAUCAACAAUUCAUAAAUAUUAAAUUUAGCAACAAAAAUAAUAGGUACAUCUUUUAAAACUGAUCAAAUAAAUACUUAAUUAAAGAGAACAUAGUAUUAGAACAAAAUGAAAAAAAAUGUAUACACUAGAAAUUAAAACAAUUAAUCACAUUAUGAAUUUCAUCCAUAUUCAGAAUAUUAACCCAUACAAAUCUAAUGAACAUUUAUAAAAUUGACCAAUAUAGCGUUUUGGCAAAACCCAACAAUUGUGGUUAAUCUUUCUUUUUUGUAUCUGCUUUAUCGUCUUUGGUAUUUUUGAAUGCUUUUGUAGUAUAAUCAAAUAUUCCUCCAAAGAACAAUGCACAUAUUAAGUUUUCAAAUGGUAACAUUGGCUCAUGUAUCCCUAAAAUCAUUGAAGAAAACACCUAAAAAAUAAUAAUUUAGUUAUUAUUAAAAGUAAACAUAAAUGAGAAAAUAAAAAUUAAAAAAAUAUGAAGAAUAAACUUAGCUUGGAUUAGGUUGUGUAUAUUUAUAACUGGUUUUGAUUUAAAAAAUCUACCUUAGAUAAAAGUACAACCAUGGGGAAAUAUAUUAUUAUUCCUUAAUUAUUAUUUAUUAUUUUUCCUCUAGUAGACACAAAAUUAAUUAAAAGUAUAAAAAAAAUGUUUGUAACAAAUUAAUAAAUAUACUUGUUUGCCAUAGGAGAACUAUUACCUGAUGGUAAUUGUUUAAAUCAAAACAGUUUGUAAAUACACAUAACAUAUACUCUAACCUAAAUUUUUCUUUAUUAUAUAUUUUAUAUUAUAGAUACAUAAAUCUGAUUUAUAUUUUAUUGUUAAUAUUUGAGUACUAACUUCUAAAACAAUUUUUUUUUUUAAAUAUAUAAAAUAUUCAAUGUGAAGACAACAAAUAAUUUCAUUUGAAAAUAUUAAUGUUAAAUUAACAUUCAAUACAUGUUUUGAUAACGAACCGAUAUAUUGAAGUCACAUUCAAAAGAUUGAUAUUUGAAAACACCGUUACCAUUUUUGGUCUUCACAAUAUAUUAUCGUUUACCUCAAGUAAAAACAUAAUGUUUUCAUUAUUUCCAAUAGUUGACAUUAUAAUUAUCAUGACGAGCAAAUGAAAAUAGUAUUUUUCAUGUAAAGUAAAUAGUAUUAAAGUUUAAAUUGAAUAUUUAUAAUUAAUAUAAGUAUUAAAUUAAGAUGAUAAUGAAAAAAAUGCACAUACAAAAAAAACUUAAAUUAUAUGUACAGCUACUAAUAAUUUAUAGAACUAACAAAUUUUUUUUCUAAUUACCCCAGUGACUCUAAGUACAGAGUAUUAUAUUCAGAAAAAUUGUUCAAUAUAUAUUGUAUUAUCUAAGUUAGUGUUUUUCAACCUUUCUAAUGUCGAAACCCCUAAAUGAAAAUAUAAUUUUUUAACGACCCUUAAAUAUAUAUUAUAUACACGGCGACCCAAUAUGAAAUCAUAUUUUUGGCGAAUUUCUAAAGGGUUGAGCCCCCAGGUUGAGGAAUACUGAUCUAGGCAGAUCUUCUUUAAUUUUCAAAUUGAGAUUUUUAUUUUUUAUGACAAAAGUACCAAAUUAUUUAUUAAACAAUUUACUCAAAGAAUCUUUUUUACAUUUAUUAUAUUCCUACAUCAAUAUUCAAUAGUUUACAAAGCAAGAAAAAUUAUACUUUUGUAAUGACCAUAGAUAGUUGGCUGUCUACAUUAAAUUAUUGUACAAACCUUGAAGUAUAUGAAGAAUCCAAUGACAAAAACGUAGACAAAUGCAUGUGGAGCAGAUAUCAAAUCACUUUUAAUAUCAAGCACGAACACCACAGAUGCUAUAAUGCACGCUUUAGUAGUGCUACAAAGAAUACGUGUAAUUUAAUAUAAUUAUUGUUCAAAUUAUUACAAAUUUUUCACAUACAAACUAGGUUGUAACGUUUCAAUUGAUGUGGGUGUCCAUACUCCACGUAACAGCCUCUCGAUUAUCUUUGUAAAUGAAGCACCAUUUCCUAAAAUUGACAAAUUAAAUAUUACUCGCCAUUAAUAACGGUAAUCAAUUAAAAUCACGAUUAAAGAUGUGUCUUUAAAAUAUAAAUCUGACUCAUUCAAUACCUUUAAGGGUUCCAACUAUAAUCAUUAUGAUGUACGCAUUAGGAUAUAGUUUGGCAGCGUGCAAUACACCGUCGUGGACCUUUUUGCAACUGAAAACGUACAGAAUUAAACGUGUGCACAAUGCGCUUAACAAUAAUAACGAAAUAAACUUUGAAUAACAACAUACCGAUAAAUUUCUUUCAUGACAGAAAACACCAAUUUUACAGGAAGGAACUUGGCAAUGUUAUACCCGAUAUCAAACGGUGUAUAAAAAACUAAAUACCUACAAACGGACUAUUAUAAUACAGACGAAGCAAUUGUACACUUAGAUAUAUUGAUUACCAGACAGCUGAAGCGAUCACGAGUUGUUGUGUAUUUUUAAGCGGGGCUAGAGGAGGUUCGCCGAGCAGUGCAGCGCUCAGCAUACCACCCGCAAAGACGACCAACAUUGUGGACAGCCAACAGGAUAUAGGGUGCUUACGGGAAAAAGCCAGUGCACCUACGAAAGCACCACAUAAAACAUUACAAGUGAACUGGCCGCGCGACGGGUGUCGCAACGGGCCUACUGCUUUCUGCUAUACAAGUACAUUUACCUGGACCGAGGUCGUCUCGCACGUGAAGUGCGCAGAGUACACUGUGGGCCACAUCAAAGUACGGGUACAUCUUCAAUUUGGUCACAUGGCUGGCAAAUUCCAAAAAUGAUUCGGCGUCCAUUUUUCCUGUUGCUGCUUUUGGCGUCGGUGCGAAUCGAGAAGACGGCGGUGUACCUAUUUAGUACGUUUUCUUUUUCGGUCGAGAGACGUUGCCGGCUGCACACUGCCGACUGUAGCUAACGUGCGCCGGUGGACCACGCAGAUAAUUAUAGCACUGUGCCCAGGCGCGUCUUUGAGUGUAAAAAUAAAACGCGCGACACCCGGUCGAGAACCGCCAUGAUAAUGCUGUAAAAUGAUUCAUAUAAUAAUAAACACAAAACACACCUCCAAUGACGACGGUGUUGCAGCAGCUGGCAGCCGCCGCAGCUACGGGCCUGCGGCAGCUGAGGCCUGCAGCCGACGCUUUAUAUCGCGCGCCGACGGCGGCUCCAGUUGCCGCCGUCGUUAUCAAUUUUUUAUUAUCACGGUACAUCAACACUGAUAAUGUAUGUACCCGAGUGUCGAAAAUGUUUAUUUGUUCGACAAAUCUUCGUACUUGGGAAAAUCAAUUGUCCAAUGCAACAUAUUGGUACACUCGGUGUGCGUGUCGUUACAUUAUUCCGUCGAAUUUCGGUUAGUCCGAUAAUGAUAACAAUUAACGAGUAUCUAAUAACAUUGGCCGGUCAAAUGUUACGAAGUGUUAGGUCUAACCAUCCACUUACACCGUCCUUGACCAUUUCUCAGAUCUCGGCGGACACUAUGGCCAAUGAACGCUCAGGUUAAUAACACCGUAAGUCGUAUUAUAGUAUAGGACUGCACCUUAACGUAAAAGAAUAACCUUUGUCUUUAUUUAUAUUCAUAUUAUUGAAUUGGUUUCCGAAUGUGCACCGAAGACGGGGAUCGAACCACUACUCCGAAUAUCAACAGUCACUAAAUAAUAUUACUCCGAUACUUAAUUGUUACUGUCACACGUGAAUCGUAUAAAUAUUAUACGAUUACUGCAAAUUCCAAUUGUUACGACUUACGAAUGUCAUUCACGACCCUACUGUAAACCUACACUGCAGGCUGCUCCGAUUAUACUACUACAACGGUUGUGUGGAAUGGGUCCGGUUGCACGAAAACGAUAAGGACAAAUAAUGAUAAGGAUAAAAUAAAGGAGGGAAAAUCCUUACCUAUUAUAUUGUUUUAAAUUUGUAAUAUUUGAAUACUGAGUACUGCUGUAUUUAAUUGUAACAUGGCAAAUGGAGAAAAUUAAUCGAAAAUAAACCCUCAUUUCUUAUACAAAACCGCGUCGGGUUAGGUAUCGUAUUUUUCGUGUGCGUUGUGCGCAAUACGGCAGGGUUUCCAAAAACAAUUCUUAUCAUUUUUAAUUUUUCGUUCACUUUUCGUUCGUUUAAAUUUUUUUUUAAAAAAAGUACUAUCAUUAUAAAUCGGAGCAUAAUUGCUGGUAGAAAAGUUGUGCACAGAUAAAAAAAAAAAUAACAAAAAAUAAACAGCAUUGUAAAAUCAUAAGCUUCUUUGCUUAACUUAGAAUCUAAAAUUAUUUAUUUAUUUAUAUAAUAUUUAUGAGGAUUUUAAGACCAUGUUUGCAAACCAGUGUCCUUCAAGGUAAACCUCACGAAGUAGGUAGGUACAUUUUAAACACUAUACCUAUUGUACAUUAUAGGUAUAUUACAAUUUACAAUGAUAGCACUUUUCCUAAAAUGAAAUCGGACUUGGGUGGUACUUCAGCGAGGUCUUUUUUAAUUUUCCCUGGAGUUUUCCCAAUAAAUGGAAAAAACGGUGAAAUAGGUACAAAAUUAUAUUUAUUUAAUUAUUUAAUUAUUUUACUAUAAUAUAACAUUUAUAUUGUUGACAAAUCAUCACUCUCAACUGAAAUGAGCUUAGAAUCGUUUUUUCGUUAACAAUGGUUUAUCGUUGCUUACAGAUAUACAUUAAAUUAUCUAUAACAGUAGCUGCACCCGUUUUCGUUAUCCUUAGACGUCUUUUUUUAAUUGUAUUUAAAUUGAAAUUAUUUCUAUGGGCUAUAUUAUAGAUAAUAUUGAGCUCGUGUUUAUAAUUAUGUUUGUUGGAAUACGUUCAAGUCUAUAGAAUAUUAAAUUAAAAACUGAUAUUUUUUGAGAAUAAUGGUGAUUCAAAUCAUGUGGUAUUACAGCGUCAGUUUGUGUAGGUUUUUUACAAGUACUAAAAUCAAAUUUAUUGUUUAUUAUGGAAACUGUAAGAUCUUAGAAAUUUACUGUAUUAUUAGGAUAUUCUUACAUUAGAGCUACAACCAGAGUUACGACCGUGAAAAAUUAAUAUAUUUUAUAAAUUAUAAAAACUAAGGAAAUUGUUCAAAAAUCAACGUUCAAGGUUAAAAAAUAAGUAAGUAAGUAGGUAAUUAUAUAAGUACCUACUUUAACUUUUUAAGCAGUAGGUAUGCAUUAGUAUCUAAUUCGGGGGGUGUUUCGUAAGUAUUAUAUUCGGAGUGUAACAAGGGGAUCUAUUGGUUUUACUAUGAUGUAUGUCAUGUGUGUAUUACAAUUAAAGAAAUUUCCUUGUAAUUUUGAAUACGUAUUCAUUGUCCACAUUAUAUUAUUUACCUAAAAUAAUAAUUUAUUCUCCCAAGAAUCCAAAAACACAAACUCAUAAAUGUAAAUAAUUCAUGACCACCAGUUUUUAGUGGUACCUACUGAUCGGUUCAGUGUUCAAUCUAGUAAUACAUACUUGUACUCUCUCCAAUGUUAUUGAAAACUAAUUAAAUUUGAUCUAAAAUUUUGUAUAGGUAAUAAAAUGUGUAAAUACUCAAUACUGUAAAUUAUAUUUCAUAAUCAUGAUGUAUGAUAACAAUAAUUUGUUAUCAAUCUAUUUAACAAAACUGUAAAAUAUUUUAGAAAUGUUUCUAAAAUAUUUGAAGUUUGACGUAAGCUAAAUAUUUGAUCUCGUGAACCGGGCUUUAUGUUAUAAGUAAUAGGAUUGAUUAUGCAGAGUCAUGUGUAUAAUCAAUGAUAAUAGAAACUAUAAAUUAGUCCUCAUGGUGCGCUAGUAGUACUGGGGUACCAGCUGAUUCAGAUAGUUCGCCGGUCAUUAUAAAGCAUUAUCUUUUAGAGGCCGUUGUUUAACCUGUAUAUCCUAAACCGUGCUCAUCAUGAAUGUUUUGUUAAUUUUACCGUCAUCCGGCCACCACGAUAUAUCUAAAUUAUAAUUUUAAAUUAACGAUUUUAGUCUCUACCCUCUAAUAUAAUUAUAGUCUGCUAUCUACUAAUAAAUUAUGGUGUAUUAAAUGUGUCUAUUGUGGAUUAUCUUCAAAAAAUAAUGCAGAUUUAUAAUUUAAUUUAUAAGUAAUGUAGUGAAAUAGUAAUUAUACUACAUAGAAGUAACAAACAAGGUAAAAUUUUUAAAAAAAUGUAGCCAAUUUUAGAAAAAGAUAAUUUUAAUAGCUCGAAAAUUCGAGCUAUUAGACAUUUCAAUUUUGAGCGAGUUUUGUAAGUAAUUUCAAUUCAGUAGGUACUGUGUAGUAAAAUGUUAGACUAAACAAAAAUGCUUGAAAAUUGAACAGGAAGUUCAUUAAAAGUUGUACUUUAUGGUAAAAAACAAAAAUUUAGAUUAAUAUAGUAUUUUCUUUUUAUUCAGGAAUUUUAAUAUUACAUUUUAAUGGAAAUCGUUCGACUAAAAUGUGUACAUAUAAAAUUAGUAUGUGGAAUAAAUCAAUUUUAGAUUCUGAGUGGAGCGAAGAAGCUUAUGGUUUUACAAAGAUAUUUAUUUAUUUUUUUUUAUCUGUUAACAACUUUUCUAGCAGAAGACAAAAUAGGUACCGUAAAAUAUUAUUAAAAAAUAAUUUUUAUUUAAUGUAUUUCCGUCAUAAUUAUGUUGUCCAUUGCUCUUGUUCAGAAUAGAUUUCUUUUUAUUGAUCUUAAAAUAUCCCGACAUCUAAAGCCAUUAAUUACAAUAAUUAUACAUGUUUCAAGAGUGUGUUUAUAAGGGUGAUACAAAUCAUAUUUUGUACAUCGCAAUUUUAAAAAUUUGCCUUUUUUUAUCGACCCAAUAAACCUGUUUUUGAAAGCUCAAACAUUUGUCAACUUUUUGCUUUUUUCAGAUAAAAUAAUUUGUAUUACAUUAUUUUCUAUGAGUAAUAUAUAUAUAUAUAUAAAAAAAACAGAAUUUGUUUAUCUUUAUUAUCUCCGAAGAUAUUCAAGGGGUAUAUCUUCGUGAGACAGCCUGUAUAUACUGGACGCCCGCAGCGUCUUUGCAAACGAGUCUUGAACCAUUAACUGCGAGCAUCUUCACGACAAUAAUUUUAUAAAAUUAAAUAAAGUGUUUGAAUAUUUCUAACAAUUAAUAAAUAUACUUCAAAAAUAUUGUAUCUAUAAUUUCUGAUUUCGGUCGCAAGUCACUUCAAUUUGAAGGGUCGUCGGCAACAAUAUUAUAUUUUCAGAUUUUCCAAUAAUAUCAUGCUUAUAGAUAUAUUUAUUUAAUUUGUUAAUUAUAUUAGGUUGAACAAAAAUCAGUUAGUCAAUUUGAAGGUAGUUUGAACCCUCAAAACCUCUUCCUCGGCAUCCCCUGUUUCUUGGUCUUUUCCUUGUCACUUUGGUUUAAUUUUUUAACUGCAUUAUUUCUUCAGUGAUAUUUGCAUAAUUCGUUUUAUUUAUGUUGGUCACACUGUCUGUUGAGUGCUUUGUUAGUGUAUUUGUUAUGAGUGUAUUUUGGCUUGUGUAAUCAAACCAAAUUUGUAUUUUAUACUCGCCCCAUAUAAUUUUUUUUUCAUAUAAACGAUUAUAUAAUGGUUCGUAAAUGUGUAAUGUGUAACAUGAAAGAAGUUGUAGAAUGUGGAGUUUCUUUUCAUUCGUGAGUUGUUAAAUAUAUAAUUUAAUAAGUAAUUGUUCAAUAUUCAUUAAUAAAUGUAAUCAAAAUAUUAUUUUAUAGGUUUCCUAAAGAUCCUAGUCAGAGAAAAAUAUGGAUGCAGAAAUGCAGUAUAAAACUGUGUCUUCCUUCAUACAGGAUAUGUUCAAACCAUUUUUUACCAGAAGAUAUUUUAUGUCAUGGCCUAUUGAAAAAAAAUGCCAUUCCUAUAACCAAUCAAAUGUUUGCUUCAAGUGUUCCCACUAGGUAUUUCUGAAAUAAUAAAAUAAAUACAUAAUUACAAUUUAAAUAUAUUCUUAUAGUAUAAGUAUACAAUUAUUUUAUAUUUCACUUAGUUUAAUUUUGAACGUUGUAUAAGAAACAAAAUUAAUUUUUUCAGUCAACUUAUUGAUGAUUUGGAUUUAACUGGUCAUGAAAUUGAGUGUGUUAAUAGAUUUAUAACCAGUUCCCAACCUGAAAUCCCUUCCUCAUUGACCGAGUAAGAGCUCAUUAUGUUUGUAAUAUACAGCAUAUCAUUACAUAAUUAUCUUUCCAGAAAAGUUGACGAGCAUUCAGUUUCACCUAGAUUUCAAACUGCACAUAUAUUUAAUUCUCAAAUUACAAGGUAUAAAAUAAAAUAAAGAUAAUUUAAUGUUAAUUUAAUUGACCAUUUAUAGUUGAGUUAUGACUAAUAAUUAUUAUUACCGAAAUAAUUAAUUAUUUACAAUAAGUUUAAAUAAGUAUUUUUAAGAUAAGAAUAAUUACUUUUACACAUUUUAUUAUUACUUGUAUUGUAAUUUCUAUUUUUAGUACAUUUGUCGGGAAAUCACUAAUUAAGACACCUAAUGUCUCGACUAAAAGGAAUUCAAGUGUAUCUUCAAGCUUAUUGAAAAGGCAGAAAGUUUUAAAUCCAAGUAGUAUUGGUGAUUGGGAAGUUGACCAUGUUUCCUCUCCUGGGAAGAAUUAAGAAUCAUUUAAAAAUGGUCAUACAAAUUUACAAUGUAAAACAAAAAAAAUUGAUAAGUAAAAGAAAGCAAAUAAAUUGUUUUCAGAAUUAAGUUGCUACCUAUGCGGCUUUUAUUAAACAUUUUGAAUAACGAACAUGUUUACCUAAAAAUGCUGCUAAUCAACUUCAAAUGAAUUAUUCUCUCUGUUAAUUUUAAAUGUUUGUAAUAUUUUUUGAAUAAUUAUUGUACUAGUAUGAAAUAUAUAUGUUUUUUUAUGUUGAUUUAUUAGGUAUAGGGCUAAGUAAGUCCAGGUGUAUUUACAAACAAAUAUUUCAGGGGGG